CUUUUCUCCCAGGAAACUAUGCCCCAGACGUCCGUGGUCUUCUCCAGCAUCCUCGGGCCCAGCUGUAGUGGACAGGUGCAGCCCGGCAUGGGGGAGCGAGGAGGUGGGGCCGGCAGCUCCGGGGACCUUGUCUUCCAAGACGGACGUCUCAUCUCCGGGUCCCUGGAGGCCCUGAUGGAGCACUUGGUCCCCACAGUGGACUAUUACCCCGAUAGGACGUAUAUCUUCACGUUUCUCCUGAGCUCCCGGGUCUUCAUACCCCCUCAUGACCUGCUGGCCCGCGUGGGGCAGAUCUGCCUGGAGCAGAGGCAGCAGCUGGAGGCCGGAUCUGAUAAGGCCAGGCUGAAGUCCUUCUCAGCCAAGAUCGUGCAGCUACUGAAGGAGUGGACAGAGGCCUUCCCCUACGACUUCCAGGACGAGAAGGCCAUGGCCGAACUGAAAGCCAUCACCCACCGGGUCACACAGUGUGACGAGGAGAAUGGCACGGUGAAGAAGGCCAUCGCCCAAAUGACACAGAGCCUGCUGCUGUCCCUGGCUGCCCGGAGCCAGCUUCAGGAGCUGCGUGAGAAGCUCCGCUCACCGGCCAUGGACAAAGGGCCCAUCCUCAAGGCCAAGCCGCCAGCCGCGCAGAAGGACAUCCUGGGCGUGUGCUGUGACCCCCUGGUGUUGGCCCAGCAGCUGACUCACAUCGAGCUGGAGAGGGUCAGCAGCAUCCACCCUGAGGACCUGAUGCAGAUUGUCAGCCACAUGGACUCUCGGGACAAGCAUAGGUGCCGAGGGGACCUGAUUAAGACCUACAGCCUGGAGGCCUACGACAACUGGUUCAACUGCCUCAGCAUGCUGGUGGCCACCGAGGUGUGCCGGGUGGUGAAGAAGAAGCAUCGGACUCGCAUGCUGGAGUUCUUCAUCGACGUGGCCCGAGAGUGCUUCAACAUCGGGAACUUCAACUCCAUGAUGGCCAUCAUCUCUGGCAUGAACCUCAGUCCUGUGGCGAGGCUGAAGAAAACCUGGUCCAAAGUCAAGACGGCCAAGUUCGACGUCUUAGAGCACCACAUGGACCCAUCCAGCAACUUCUGCAACUACCGCACAGCCCUGCAGGGGGCCACACAGAGAUCCCAGAUGGCCAACAGCAGCCGGGAGAAGAUCGUCAUCCCUGUGUUCAACCUCUUCGUUAAGGACAUCUACUUCCUGCACAAAAUCCACACCAACCACCUGCCCAAUGGACACAUUAACUUCAAGAAAUUUUGGGACAUCUCCAGACAGAUCCAUGAGUUCAUGACAUGGACACAGGUGGAGUGUCCCUUCGAGAAGGACAAGAAGAUUCAGAGUUACCUGCUGACGGCUCCCAUCUACAGCGAGGAAGCUCUCUUCAUCGCCUCCUUCGAAAGUGAAGGUCCUGAGAACCACAUGGAAAAGGACAGCUGGAAGACCCUCAGGACCACUCUCCUUAACAGAGCCUGA